CAAUAUUUUUUGCUUCUUACUUGGCACUCCAGCGUCUUGAAAUUCUCUUUUUUACUUUUAAAGAUGCUUCUUUCUUCUUAAAGAAAUAUGUUGCAAUAUUUUUAAUUCUAUAUGAUUGUCAUACAAUUAUUUCAUGUAUUACAGUAUAGAAGAUGGCACAAUUAAUUAAAUAGAAAAUGCAAAUUCAUAAAAAAUCAACCCAAUAUACUUUUUGUCAGAUUCCAUCAGCUGUAUUCAAUGUUCACCUGAAUUCUGGUCAAAUGGCAGAAGAGAUGUGUGUGUAAAGAAGGAGGCAGAGUUUUUAUCCUAUGAAGAAAUGAUGGGAGCACUGCUCACUGCAGCAUCUUUAUGUGGAACAAGCAUGACUGCUGUUGUAGCCUUAAUUUUCUUCACAUACAGGAAAACUCCUAUUGUCAGGGCCAACAACUCUGAGCUGAGCUUCCUGUUGCUCCUCUCCUUGACUCUGUGCUUCCUGUGUUCUCUGACCUUCAUGGGUCGACCCUCUGAGUGGUCCUGCAUGCUGAGACACACAGCAUUUGGCAUCACCUUUGUCCUCUGUAUGUCUUGUGUUCUGGGCAAAACUGUGGUGGUGUUAAUGGCCUUCAGAGCUUCACUUCCAGGCAGUAAUGUGAUGAAAUGGUUUGGACCAACACAACAGAGACUCAGUGUUCUGAUCUUUACUCUCAUACAGGUUGUAAUAUGUGUAUUGUGGUUAGCGAUUUCUCCUCCUUUUCCAUUCAAGAACUUGAAGGUAGUCAAAGACAGAAUCAUCUUAGAAUGUGCUCUGGGCUCAGCUGUAGGAUUCUGGGCUGUACUGGGCUACAUAGGUUUUUUGGCUGUGUUCUGUUUUAUUCUUGCUUUUCUGGCUCGGAAACUGCCUGAUAACUUUAAUGAGGCCAAGUUCAUCACCUUCAGCAUGUUGAUAUUCUGUGCAGUGUGGAUAACUUUUAUUCCAGCUUAUGUCAGCUCUCCUGGGAAGUUCGGUGUUGCUGUAGAGAUAUUUGCUAUUCUGGCCUCUAGUUUUGGACUGUUAAUAUGUAUUUUUUUCCAAAAUGUUAUAUUAUUUUAUUGAGACCAGAGAAGAACACAAAGAAGAAUAUGAUGGUGAGAGGGUCACAAAAUAUAUUCUGAAAUGUUUACCAUUCAUAAAACAUGGGACAUUUUAGUGCUAUUUACAAAUAAAAGCACAAGAUUAUAACAUAUAUCUGUAUAACGUUUGAAUAUGUAAUUACCUAAUAAAGUUGACACUGUCCUACACAACUUGAUCAGUUUAACUUUGUCAAUGUCAGUCUAUAAAAAAACUCCAGUUUUCUUUAACAUGUAGACAAUUUAUUAAAACUGUGCAAUCAUACUUUACCAUAAAAAUGCCUGUUAUAAAUAUUAUUAUUAUUAUUAUAUUACGAUUAUUUACUGAUUAUUUACCAGCUUUGCCCAUCCAUCCAUUUUCUACCGCUUAUUCCCAUGCGGGUGGAGCUAGAGCCUAGCCCAGCUGUCUUUGGGCGAUAGGCGGGGUGCACCCUGGACAGGUCGCCAGUCCAUCGCAGGGCAACACACAGACCGACAACCAUUCACACAUACACUCACACCUAUGGCAAUUCAGAGUGAUCAGUCAACCUAAUGCAUGUCUUUGGACCGUGGGAGGAAGCCGGAGACUCAUAGGGAAGCCACAAGAACACGGGGAGAAAAUGCACUUCCACACAGAAAGGCAACCGGUCCGUCCUGGGAAUCAAACCCAGGCCCUUCCUUCUGAGGCGACAGUGCUACCCACUGCACCACUGUGCCGCCCAGCUUUGCCUAAUUAACUAAUUUUGGUUUUGGUGCAAAUUUUACCCAGCAGGCAUUUCAACAUUGAGGCAACAUUAUAAUUAUGGUGAAUAACCAUUGCAUUAUAUUUAGAUUUUAAAAGGUGAAUCAACAUUGAUGGGGCAACAUUAUUUCAAUGUUUAUUUAUGGUUAAUUAUCAAUGUUCUGUUCACAUUAAUUUACGGUCAUUUAUCAACGUUACGUGUACGUUGAUUUAUGAUCAAUUAUCGACGUUACGUUUAUGCUGAUUUAUGUUUUUUUUUUAUGAACGAUGCAUUCAUGUUGAAUUAACUGUGGAUUUUGAAACAUGAAAAAUGUUUAAAUUGCAGAACAUGUUAAAAUGUGGCUGUUACUUAACGUGGCUGUUACUAAACAGUAAUUGGCUAUUAGUCAAACUGUAAGUAAGAAAGCACCAAAUUAGCACUAGGACGCCCAGCAUUUUUCUUUCCUUGUAGUACUACCAAAAGGGAUGUCAAGAGACUAACAUACUUACCUAACAUCCUAAAUGAGCGGCUUCUAUUGUUCAUAAACGGGGCUGCUACCCCCAUGGCAAGGGGGUGUCCACGUUGAGCCACUUCAACAAAACUGUGCUGUGGUCAUCCUAACUGCCUCUUAUGGAGACAUGAAAACACAGUACCAACAUUUCUUACUGUACUGUACAAUCUUACUGUUGUAUCAGGAUCAGACAGGCACAGCUGCAUGCUCAGUUAGUUCAGGUAGCUCAAUUUGCUACCUGAGGUAAGCAGUUCAAUCCCCCGCAUUGGGUUUUAUGCAGGGCCAGGUGUGGGAGGUGGUUGCCAAGGCAAUUGAAUUAGUGCUGUUUGUUAAUCUGAUAAACCAGGGACUUUUUUACUUUUAUGUCAGUGAAACAAACCACAGUAAAACAUACAAUCAUUUUACAGAUAAAGUCAGUACUAGUGAUGGCUAGUGAUGAUUUAUCACGAAAUGGAAGCAUUGCCUCAUUACUUUUCCACCACAGCAAAGGGUCCUCACUCCUUGGGAUUACUUUCUCCUCCAUGAAUCCGUGCAUCUCAAUAUAUGCGUCUGUCUUUGCCCUGCGAUUUCCCUGGGAAGCCAUCACACGCCUAUCAUACUUCUCCCAUAACCCUGUCUUUGAUACUGAACAGGCCCCACUUUUACCUUCAGUGUUUGAGGUGGGUGAUCUAACUGACAAGGCAGUUUCCAGGGAGGCAGUGGCAGUUGUUGGAGAAACAGGGGAGUCACUGUUCAUCACAACUGCCCAGCAUUUGCAUCUCACUGAUGAGCCUUGAUUGGAUCAUUUCAACAUUUCCAGUAUUUCUAAAGGCAAUGCUUUUGAACCUUGUGUCUAUAAACGUGCUGGCUGCAAGAGUAAGGUGGUGCUCAGUGUAAUGCAAAAACUGCAUUGCAAGCAGUGACGCCAGGGUGUUCCCCUUCUGCCCAGCGGAUGUAGUUGCUUUUUGGAGGAGACAGACCAGAGGGAUGACUUUUGAAAUAGUUACAUACUGUUCAGCUGAAACUUUUAUUUUUUUGGCCUCUUCAAAGGGCUUGAGGGCUUCAAUGGCUUGGCUGAUCUGUGACCAUUCUUCCUGGGUCAAGCACAAUGCGUUUUUCCCCACAAGACAAAGCACGGUUACAACUGUCUGUUGUUGUUCAUACAGUCUCUCCAGCACAUAAAGUGCCAAAUUCCACCUUGUCUACACUACUUGAACUAGUCUGUUUUCGGGCAACUGCAGCUGGCUUUGCAAUUGUUUAAGCUUGUCAGAUGCUUUUUUGCUAUGGUGGAAGAACUUAACAAUCAUACCAACUAGGAUAGAGUCCAGAACUGUGUCAGCCUUAAUGGCACACAUUUUUCUCACAACUAAGACCAUAUUGGCUCCAUUGUCUGUAAUAACAGCAUACAUUUUGUUGGCAAUGCCACAGUCAUCAGAUAUCUUUGUGAGAAAUUCAUAUAUAUUGUCCACUGUGUGCUGUACAUCUACAUAAAUUGUCUCCAGAUUGCAAGCCUGCAUCUGCCAGUUUUGAUCAAUGAAAUAUCCUGACACAGUUAAAUAUGCUUCUGUUGUUCUUGAUGUCCACAUAAAGGUGGUGAAAAGCACACUCUUGGCAAAGUCUAUGGAGUCUUUCAGGGCUGUUCUGACUUGUUCAUACAACUUGGGGAUUUGACCCACCGUCAACGUUUACCUACCAGGGAUGUGGUAUCUGGGAUCAGACACCUUCACAAAUUGAUGAAAACCAGCA